UCGACGGGUGCAAAGUAAAAAAAGUCAACUGCAAUUUUGAGAUUUUGGUUUUUUUGUAAAAACUAACUUAAAAUAUCAUGUUCUACAACAUAGCAAAAACAAAAACACAAAAAUCAUCUAAUUUUUGGUACUUUUUUUACGUAAAAGAAGACAACUACACCUGUUUUGUGAAAUUGCGCGAUGUAGAUGCGGCUAGUUACCGCUGGCCGUUUAUACGCGGGACGCGCGGGGGGCCAGCGGGUAGUCAUAUUGCGUCAUCAGUCAGAUGACAUGUGCUUCGCCGGCCGGCACGAUUAUUUGUUUGUUUUGAUUUGUUAAGUGAUAAAGUUUGUCGAAAAGUGUUAUCAUACUAGUAAACAGUUUGCAUUUAACACAAUAGACAUGGAAAGACGUAAAUUAUUGGUGAAUUUGGGCAAAACGAGACGACAGUGCGCUAUUAUGAACCGAGAAGAUCUGUUACAACUUAUUGAUAACAACCGUGAAACUAGUUCUGAGAGUCCGAAGCAACCUUUUAAAGAAGAUGAAAGCUUACAGAACAUAAGCGAUGGUUUUUUUGAGAAAAAUGCUGUGUUGGCCGAUGAAGUUAUUGAACAUCUUAUAGAAGACCUUGAUGUGUCAGCAAUGAAGACAAAUGAGUAUCAGUUAACUUCGCAAGAUAAGUCUCCAUGUACUGUGUAUUCUAGGUCGGUCACACCAGUUCACCCUCAAUCUGACACACAAAUUAAUUGUGAAAAUUUUGAUAUUGGUAAUAGAGAUUCUCCAAGCAAAUUAUCGGAUAAUACACCAACACCCUCAGAAUACAAUUCAUUUACUUCAAGUCCGCCGCGUCCAUUAUCAGAAUUAGAUCAAAAUAUCUGUUUAUUAAACUCAGGGAGGCCAUCGAGUAUGUCACUUUCAAACUGUCAAUCUUAUACAAGCAACACCAGUGAUGCUUCUUCGGCUGUGGAGGCAUCAAGUGAAUGUUCUACGCCUUCCUCCUUAAAUGGUAGAAAAAGACGUCAGUUCAGUAUAGAUAGAACGAAGAAAAGGCGAUUGAGAAAUAAAGACAAGUGGAUUGAUACGAGACGUAAAUUACUAUUAAAUUCAGGUAAACAACAUCAGUCCAGAAAUGGAAAAUUGCAACCUGCUAAACAACUUAAGCCGGCAUGUGGUAUUUGCAAAUUUAACUGUAGCGCAAAAAUAUCUCACGAAGAUAGAAAACUUAUCUUUGAUCGUUUUUGGAAUCUCUGUGAUCACGAAAAGCAAUGGGUUUUUAUAGGUAAAUAUACAAAACGUUGUAUGAAACGAAGAAUUACUACAGAGAAUGAUUCUAAACGCCAAUACAGUGUAAACUAUACACUUCCAACAAAUUUAAAAGAAACCAGCCCUAGAACUAUAAAAGUGUGCAAAACAAUGUUUAAGAAUACGCUGUCGGUAAGUAAUCAGUUUAUACAGAGUGCUCUUGAUAAAUAUGAUAAAAAUACUGGUAGCUGUGAAAAAGAUUUCAGAGGUCGUCAUAACAAUAAAAACAAGGUUUGUACAGCCGCCAUAAUAAAAGGAGUGUGUGAUCAUGUCAACUCGUUUCAACCAGUGGAGUCACAUUAUACAAGAAAAGACACAAACAAAGUUUACUUGGCUGAUUUAAAUUUCUCCACAAUGUUUAAGUUGUACCAGACUUGGGCAGAGGAAAAUAAUAUUGUGGAGAGAGUACAAACAGCGCGCCAGUACCGAGAUAUAGUUAACAAGGAAAUGAACAUAGCCUUUUAUAUUCCUAAAAAAGAUCAGUGCGACGUCUGUAUAGCAUUUAAAAAUUGCCUUCCUUCACUAACCUCACAACAAGAUGAGUACAAUAAACAUAUUCAAGAUAAAAAUAUAGCGAGAUCUUUAAAGAAACAAGACAAAAAUGAAGCAUCUUCUAAUCCUGAAACUAUAACUUCGGCCACCUUUGAUUUCCAAAAAAUUUUGUCGACACCACACGGAGAAACCAGUUCGUUUUAUUAUAAGCGUAAACUUUCUGUUUUUAAUUUUACUGUUUUUGAUAUGGGACUUAAAAAAGGAAUAUGUUAUAUGUGGCCUGAAACUAUAGCUAAGCGGGGUUCGAAUGAAGUGGCUAGUUGCCUUUAUAAUUUUAUACAACAGUCAACUGAUAGAGGCAUCAAAGAUAUCCGCCUGUGGUCCGAUAACUGUGGCGGUCAAAACAGGAACCGUAUUGUAUUUCUGAUGUAUGUAUACUGCUCUCAAAAGUAUAGCAUUGAUAUUUGUCACAGAUUUUUAGAAAAGGGCCACACUCAGCAAGAAGGCGAUAGUGUCCACGCAUUAAUUGAGAAAUCGUCGAAAAGAAAAUUCAUUUUUUGUCCUGAAGAAUGGUAUACACUCGUUCGGUGGUGUAAAACAUCCGGCGAUGCUUAUGAAGUUAUAGAAAUAACACAAGACCAAAUUUUAGAUUUCAAAAUGUGUUUAAAUGAUUUUAAAUUGACAAAAAAUACCGACAAUGAGAAUGUUAAGUGGAAUCAAGUUCGAGAAAUAGUCGUUAAAGCAGAAAAUCCUUACGCCAUAUUUUAUAAAUAUGACCUAAACGAUGAAGAACCCAAGCGAAUUGACUUGGUGCGAAAAGUAACUACUCGUUCCCACCGUGGCUUUAAUGAUCCCAAAAAAUGUUAUGAUGAACCCAUCAUAAUAACAAGUGCCAAGUACAAAGAUUUAAUUAGCCUUUGCCAGCAAAAUCUGAUACCUCCUAGGUAUCAUAACUUUUAUAAAAAUUUGAAACAUAGUUCCUAUACUGACGGUAAUGAGACUGAAUAAUUGUUUAAGUAUUGAUACAGAGUUUCAUCUUUGUUCAGAAUUAAUUUUCUACUUACUUUUAUUAUAAGUGAUAAAACUAUUUUUAUUAAAAAAAUGUACGAAUAGAACGUACUUUAGAGGAUUUAUUUUUAUUACUGUGUUAUCUAAGACUGGUGUUAUUUUUAUAUAAAGUUUAAAAGUUUAGAACCUUCUAGAUUUGAUUUUAAUUGUUUUUUUUUUUCAAACGAAGUUUGUAUAAUUUUACUGUUGAAUUGUCAACAAAAGAAUUAGCAAUUACCUACCUCAUAAAUUAUCAGUGACAUUUUUAUUGAUUUUAUUUCCAAAAAUGUAUAAGAAGUUACGUUUUUUUUUAUUAUAAUAAAUGAAUGAUUCAUAAAUAUUUUUAUAUAAAGUUUAAAAGUUUAGAACCUUCUAGAUUUGAUUUUAAUUGUUUUUUUUUCAAACGAAGUUUGUAUAAUUUUACUGUUGAAUUGUCAACCAAAGAAUUAGCAAUUACCUACCUCAUAAAUUAUCAGUGACAUUUUUAUUGAUUUUAUUUCCAAAAAUGUAUAAGAAGUUACGUUUUUUUUAUUAUAAUAAAUGAAUGAUUCAUAAAUAAAUAUUUCAUUUAACCUCCUUCUUAAUCAUGUUCCUGGCACCAAAUCGACGACGUAGAAAAAGACAUCUACGCAGUUAAGUUCAAAACUUGGUGUAUUUAAGAUGUAAGACUGUCAUUAACUAAUUUUAAUAAUAGGAAGUGUUACACUUUUCGUUUUACUGAAAUAUACUAAUCAUACUUUACUAAAUCUAAUUUUUUUAAUCCCCAUGUAGAAACGACCAAGUGGUAGUUAACACAGUUGUCUUUUUUUGAAGAGCAAAGUAGAUACAGACAACUACAAUAUCUCGAAAAUUAAACAUAAUUAGAAAAAACGAAACAUACAUGUGGAUAUAUUAUUAAAUAAUAAAGCAAUGAUGAAAAUUUCAAUAAAUUUAGUUUAAAAUUGACAAAAUGGGAGCAUUUUUUCCUAUUAUGCGCUCUCCUGUAAAGUAGCAGUUUUGUAGAUGACUCUUUUUACUUUGCACCCGUCGGUUU